AUGGAUUUUCUCGAAGUCAUCACUUUGUUCUCUUUCUUCUUUACUGUUGUCGUGGCAUUCCCCCAGCAGACUGCCGCAGGUACAACAACCGUGCCUCCAGCGACAAUCACCAAGGCUGCGUCGCUCAGCUGCUCGGACGGGAAGACAGCGGUAUACACGACGGAUUGUACCAUGGGAACUCCCACGUCCUACUGCGCUAGCCCGGAGCCCCCAAUUCAGUGCUCAGAGGGGUACUUCCCCUCAGUUUGGCACCCAGGUCAUUGCAUGGAGCAGUCGACCUGUUUCCCGCUUGAUGCAUCCUGGAUCACGACCGAGUGCUCGCAUGGGGCGAUCCCUUGGACAACCUCGACCUUGUAUGAGGGUACCUUGGCAGGAGGAGAGUCGACUAUUAUCAGUGGUGAGUCCUUCCUCCACAAUGUGACUAACAUACUUCGUUUAUAUAAAGCCGUUUCCUGCUCUUGCGCCAAAAACCAAUGGUAUAGCAUGACUAUGCUCCCAGGCGCAUCAACUGUGGAUACUUUCUGCAUGCCCUCAAGCUCUUGUCCAGCAGGUAUGACAACCUCAGUCUCAACCAAUACGUACUGCGCAACGGCGCCGGCAAGCGUGUGCUCAGAUAUUCCCCUGGAAACGAACUAUUGCAGGUGCGAAUCUGCAGCGCAGACCCCUGUAUAUCCCGACUCUGUUGGGGCAGCUCCAACCGGAUGUAGAUUGUGA